AUGGAUAGCAAUAAUGAAUAUAGUUCUGAUAAUACCCCUUGCACUAACUCUUAUAUUGAUUCUUAUACUGACCCUUAUGUUGAAUCUUAUUCUGACUCUUACGCUGACCCUUAUACCGACCCUUAUACCAAUUCUGAUGCCGAACCUCAAAAGAAAGACUAUUGA